AGUGGCACAAGGAGCACUCUGAUCCACGUCCCCCUCAGCCCCGGGACCUGCCCCGCCGUGUCUAAGCAGCUUUGGGAACUGGGGAGCAGUGCCCCUAUUCCAGCCCAUAUCCCCCCACAUCCCGGAGCUGAGGUGCCACGAGGAACCCCAGCCCUGCCCUUCUCCCCAAAUUAUCCCACAGCUCCCAGCACCCUCCAGAGCACCCCAGGGAGCCCAGUGGGACUUUUGGGGUCCGCAGCGGCAGCGGGGACGUGUCACACCCCCCCACCCCCGAGCACCGAGCACCCCCGGGGCGGUCCACAGGAUCCACGGCCGCCGCGGGCAGUUCCGCACGUUUAUUCCGGAAACAGGGAUACUCACGCAGCGAUGGGCUCGGCGGGAGCAGGGGGGCUCCCGGGGGUCACCGUGGGUACCUGAGGACCCUCAGCCCCCCUUCCCCCGAAUCCAUGGGGGGCUCACACCCGCCUGAGUCCCUCUGUCCCCCUGCAGCACAGGCACCGAGGGGCGGGCAGGGGGGGCCGAGUGGGCUCCCGAGGGGCUGGGGACGGGCUGGGACGAGCCGAGAGCAGCCCCAGGUGGACACCGGCUUCUCCCAGGAGCCCUGCAGGGAGGAUGGAUCCAUGGAGCGCGGGAAUCGCCCCCACGGGGCUCAGGGAGCCCACCAAGGGGGGGGGGCUCAUCCACCUCCACCAGCCAGACGCCGACGCCUCCCACAGCCUUUUGGGGACCCGCAGCACGAACAGUCGAAUCCAGUGAAUCCAGCAUCCAGGAAUGCCAGGCAGAUGCCUCCCGGUCGUAGGAACAGGCUUUUCCAGGGAGGCUUCCGGCCCCUGGAGCCACAGCCCGCAGGUGGCAGCGGAGGGGGACCUGCCGGGACGAACAUCCUCGUGGAUUCUCCACCAGGCUCUGGAGGGGUCAUCCCACGCCCCCCAGCCCCCCCGCUGGCACGGACCUGGCUGCCGGAGAGGUUUGGGAAGAGGAGAGUGUCCAGCUGGAAGCGGAGGGAGUGGUUUCCAACGCCGCGGGAGGAAGCGGGAGCGGCCGAGCUGCCCAUCCAGGAGGCACCUGCCAGGGUGGUCCCACAGCCCAGGAGUGGGUGCUCCAGCUGGAAUCCAUCCCUGUCAGCACUGCUGACUCCACAUCCAGAGCCCAGGAUCAGCUCCCCAGCGGCCACACGGCUCCCCAGGACACGGAGCGGGACCGUCACCGAGAGCCACGAGGGGCCACACGUGACAGAGACUGGCAGGAUCUGCAGGAGUAUCUGAACUGCCAAGAGAAACUUCCUCCUGAAAUUUGACAGCCAGUUUGGGAAAGCUCCCUGGAGAUGGGGGAAUUCCAGAUCUCUUUGCUGCUGGAGGAUCUUCUCCGACACCGAGCCCGGGCUGUUCCCAGUUGGCACCACCGCAGCGUCCCGGGAUCCUUGGACUGGGCACUGGUGCUCCAGGACUCUUCCUGCUGUGCCACUUCCUCCUGGGAACUCUUCACUGGAGUGGGCUGGGCUCCCAGUUUGACUUCCAGGUUCUUCCUGGCCACGUGCAUCCUCAGGGACGAGCGUGUUCUGCUGAUUCCCGCUGCUCCGAGGGAGCAGGGAGAGCUGUCCACGGCGUCUUCUCCGUCUGGAGCCCGCCAGGAAUCGCUCAGGCUCUUGGAGAGGGGGAGGCUUUCGGAAGGAGUGAGGCUGCUGGAGGAAUGGAGGCUCUCUGAGGGCAGGGGUGACCCUUCCUGCUGUUCCACCCGCUCCUGGGAACACGGGAGGCUUCCAGAGGGAACGGAGGCUCUUGGGGGGCUGGGAUGACCCUUCCUGCCGCUCCACCCGCUCCUGGGAGCGCACCACUGGGAUGGGCCAGGCUCCCAUUUUGACUUCCAGGCUUUUCCUGGCCACGUGCACUCUCAGGGAUGAGCUGGCCUUGCUCAUUCCCGCGAUCUCCCAGGGAGUAGGGAGAGCUGUCCACGGGCUCUUUCCCGCCUGGGAUCCAGCAGGAAUCACCGAGGCAGCAGUACAGGUGGCCUCGCUCCACCAGCUUCUCCAGGUCCUCCCACAGCACCUGCCACGCCAGGGAAACCCUCGGGAAGGACCUCCCGUUCCCAGCACACACGGACACCAGCAGGUCCUGCAGCUCCUGGGCCGCUGUGGCACAGGGGAGCAGCCGGGGCCGCAUCCGCAGGGCACGGAGCCCGCGGGAGCCUCCGGAAAAGCGGGAGCCAUGGGGGAACUGGGAGCAGCUGGAGCCACUCGGCUGCUCCGGGAGCCCGGCAGGAUGCCGCUCAGGACUCCCCCCAUCCUGUUGGGAUGGCACUUAUCCCAUAUCCCUGGGAGCUGGGUGGGGGUGGCUCCCGGUGUUGCCCGGCGACGGCGCGCUGAUGUCACAGCCCUGCUUGUGAUGUCACAGCCCCAGGUCACCCCAGGGCUCGGGGGUGGGGGAGAGAAAGGGGCUUCUGGUGGGCAAUGAGGCCCCUCUGGAGCAGAAGAGGUCGAAGAUUCCCAGCCAAGCAGGACACAGAGAUGGUGAUGAGGAGGAGGAUGGUGUCACCUCCUGGAAAACAUGGAUUAUCGUGGAAAACAUGGAUUGUCCCAUAGGACACUGUGGAGUCCUUGAGGAGGGCAAGCCCUGCUCGGCAGCCACCAAACCAUCCCUGUGUGAUCCACAGCAUUUCCAUCCCGAGUUCCUGAAUCCGAACCCAGCUACCGGGAAUAAAAUGGAACCUUAUCC